CGACGUCUGUCUUGAUAUCAAACUGAAACUGAUCCGAUGUGAACAACAGAAGUAGAUCUGCUGAAAACGGUUGACACAUGGUCAGUGUGCCCUGUUUAAAACUUGGGCAGUCAUCUUUUUAAAACUACCAUAAACAUGAGUCGUCUUCAAGAAGAGGUGGAGCUGGAAAUAAGUGUCAGACGACUCCGAGAAAAAUUUCAUGGCAAGAUUUCGAUUGAUAAGGCUGCUCUACUCAUGCGCCGUUAUGGCAAUGACCAUCGGCGUAUAGCCAUGGAGAUCGUGCUGAUGAAAGACAGAGAGCUUGAUGAUGAAGACAGACACGAUUUAAAGAAUGAUAUCACAGUUAAGAAUGUCGUGGAGAAACUGAAGGCUGAAGAAAAGAACCAUGCUGGGCCAGGGACUGGCCAGGCAGCUCCACAAGAAAGACAAGACCGAUCUCACAAGUCUGGUAAUAAGCCCAAAGCAAACAAAGAGCCAAAUGGGGACAAGGACAUCCAGGAACUGGGUGAGCGUCUCCGCGUCCUACCCCUGACGCAAGAGAACAUGCGCAUGUUUGACAAUGCGCAGCGUGACCUUAUUCCAGCCGUCCUACACCAGUUUGCCUGCGAGCGAUGUGACAAUGACUGGUGGCGUCGCGUUGCACAGAGGAAAGAAGUGUCUCGCUGCAAGAAGUGCAAGAGGAAGUAUGAGCCUGUACCCGAGGGGAAGAUGUGGGGCAUCGGGGAGUUCCACUGCCCCAACUGCACUCGCAUUUUCAGGGGGUUCGGAAGGAUGGAUUUGGGCUCGCCUUGCUACGGAUGUCGCUCCAUCAUAAUCCCGACAAAAAUCUUACCGCCUCGUCGCAGCAUGAUGGGAAUGGGACCCAGAACAAAGAACCCACACAGCUGCCUUGCAGAGGACUGUUACAACAGACAAGAACCUCAUGUUCCCGGGACGGAGUGCGUCCAUCCCCGCAGCCGUCAGAAGAACCACAAGCCCCGCGUGGUGAACGCCAGCCCCACGCACAUCAGCUCUGGCUCCACCGUCAACACCUGCCUGAGCCAGGGAAGCAUACUGGACCUGUACGAGCUGGUGCGCGACGAGCUGGAGGACGUCAUCUAUGAGGACUCGGAGGAGGAAGAGGAGGAGGAGGAGGAGGAGUCUGACAGCAGCACAGACAACCCCAGAUAGAGACGAUGAAGCUCUCGCUCACUGCAUUUAAAAAGUCAUCUCGCUCUCUGUGCCUUAAAUAACGCGUGGCAAAGUCGAACGCACUUGCAUCUUAAGCAGCUUCUUAUAAGUUUUCAACGUUUUCACACGUCUUUAUGUAAUCAGGAAAUGGUACACAAAUCCUGGUACACUGGGCCAGCCUUCUUUUCUUUGUCCAACUACACAAAGGAACCUAAGCCUAUUCUCACUAGUAUACGUGCACACAACAGUGGAUGAACUCAAUGUAAUGUGCGUUUUCUGGAAAUUCACUGUUAAUGACUGCUCUUGUUAAUGACACUUAAUGCACCUUUGGGUUAAUCUCAUAAAAGGGAAUACAGCACCUUAAUUAUGGGAUACCCCUGUUAGUCUCACGCCAAACUAUAGCAUAAGACAGGGACAUUGUGGGGUGGGUGGUUGGAGCAGGAGGGAUGGGGGUUGAGUUGAUUGUUCCACCUAUACCAAAUAAAGGAAAAAGUCCAAAAAAGAUCUCUAAUAGUAGGUAUGCUGUUCCAAAAAGGUGUACAGUUUACAAAGAAAGGAUCCGCCCCCCUCUUGUAAGAUGGCUACACCCAUACAAGGCAUUACACGCAAUUAUGUAAGGGAUAACGUAGGCUAGUGCCCCGGUAAGUAUGGGAAAAUAAAAUAAAUGCCUUUAGGACGUCGUGUGGGUGAAAAUGUUCCUAUACUGACCGGCGGACUAUACAUUAUCCCGCUUAUUAUAUGGUUACUUGCUGACUUCGAGUUACACAGAAUUUCCAUUACGAAAAGUGAACGGACUACUUGCGGAAUGAUUUGAAAGAUGUGACUUUGAAGCACAAAACCUUUUGCCAAUGGCAGCAGUUAUGAAUUAUAAAGAAAUAUCAGACCUCUGAAUGUUGGGGUGGCCCAUUCAAUUCAACGGAACUUUUUGCAACAUUAUGAGGAGCCGUAUAAUAAGUCUGCAUAAGACUGCAGCCUGAAAUUACAUUGUGCUUGUUGUGUUCUCAGGGAUCUAUCCCUAUUCUGUAUCACCCAAGGAUCUGGAAAAAAAAACAGGGCAUGUAUACUUUGCAACUCAGAUGCUUUUACCAUGUGGGCUCCUGUGUGUCUGAAUGCCCCGAGAUCUAGGUUUCCGCUGCAAUAUUGUAUGUGUGGGACACACCUGACCCUUUGUCCUGAUAGAGAAAAGCUUUUCUCACAGGUAUUACACUGUGUGUGAGAAUGGGGGACAAUAGAGACCUCCCGCUCUCAAAAGGUAUUUCACGAAAGAUCUGAAACUAGGUGAUUAUCAGUUGGCCUUAAAGGGUGAGAGACAAAAAGAUGUUAUGCUCGCACCACCCUACACUUCCCAUGCAUGACAGCGGAGUCGAAACUCAAGUUUGCCCUGAACCCAAGGGAUUUUUUGGCUUGUUUAGAGCUCUUCUGCGAAAGAAAGAAAAAAGGAAGCAACAAACUGUCUUACACCUGCAGUAAAGACUGAGAGAGGAACACAGGUAAACAUUUGUCGACAGGGUUGUCCCUUAUGAAAUCAAACCACUCAGGUCCCCAUUUUGGAGUUGUGUUAAGCGUCCGAUAUUACUGCACAACAGUCGACAGGAUGGCACACAAAAAUGACUCUUACUCAAUGUCGACCAGCCUCUGGCCUCCUACUAUAUGACAACGCAUAGACUCGUGAAAGGAGGUUGGGUGCGUUUGUCAGGUCAAUGCCUUGUCUCUUGAGAGUAUGCGCUGUCUCAUGUCACCACAAGACAGUAUUCACCUAUUGAAAGGUGUUGGCUUUCAGACCCUGACUGACACACAUUUUCUGUGUCAUUGUGUAGUUUUAUUUUGAUGUUCAAUGAUGGGGGUAAGAAGAGAGUCAUUUUUUUCAGAGCUGAAGCAUUAGGGCAACGCCCUGUUUGUGCAGACUCUGACUUUUUCUAAUAAGAGAAUAAGAGAGACACUACUACUAAAACUAUGUUUCCAGGCGGCAUAUUUAUACAUGUGUGAAUGGUACAGGAAACUAGAGAUGUAGAGAUUAGAAAAUAUGAAUGUGAUUGCACUAUCCUAUACCUAACCUAUCCUUAGGUGGAUGCGUCUAACAAGGCACGGGACAGCAAUUCUCUAACGCCAAUGACCCAAUGACAUUCUGGCACGUAGGCAGAUAACACACUAUUAAAAUAUGAAUCAGACUUUGUUCGAAAUGAGUUAAUGAUCUCCAUUCAUUGUGUGCAGUGCAUCUUAAUGAGAUCUAAGAAUCCGACCAUUCCGUUUGCCUGAAGAUUGUCUGUUGUCUUUGCCGUCUCUCCACAGCAAGAGAUGGCAGUCAAGACUCCUUUCAUUAGUGGUGCCUCGGUGGUGCAAUGACCUCCCUACUGUUAUCUGAUCAAGUGACAACCAUGAUGGCCUACACUUAAAGAGUAUCCCAAA